AUGGGAAGCAUCACACAAGCAGCUCAUCAGUUGUAUGGCGACGUUGCUUAUCUUUUGGACAUCCCUAUUGACCGACAUCUGUUCAGAUCUCUAUCACAGUUUUGGAACCCUGCUUAUAGUUGCUUCACUUUUGGCAAGGUAGAUUUGACACCAACUAUAGAAGAAUAUCGAGCUCUUAUCUGUUGUCCAAGAAUUUACGAAGACAGGGCUGCCUUGAAAGAGGUAAUCUACCACCAUGCUGACAAAAGGAAGCAGGUUGAUAUGUUGGCUUUAGGAAUUUAUGGAUUAAUCAUUUUCCCGAAGAUUCUGGGGCAUUUGGAUAUAUUGAUCGUAGACCUGUUUGAAAAAUUGAACAAGAAUGCAGAUCCAGUUCCUACCAUAUUAGCUGAAACAUUUCGUUCCUUGAAUUCUUAUAGACGAGAGGGAGAGGGACGUUUUAUAGGAUGUGCACCCCUAUUAUUGAUAUGGAUUCUGAACUAUUUUAAACAUGAAGAAAGAGCUCCUGGACAAGUAUUUCUAGAAGGAUAUGCACCUUUGAUGGUCUCCAGACAAUAUGGAUCAAGACAGUUUAUUCUCGCGACAUCUGGUUUAUCCGAAUCAGAAUUUGCAUUCAGAAGAGAUCAAUACAAGGAAAAUAUCAGAAAGGCUACUGAGGCAUGGAAGUGGAUUCAUCGAGUAAAUUUAUUUACUUCCAGUCAAAAGCUCUCACCUGAAUACGAACAAUGGAGAAUCAACCGUGUCAACGAAAACAUUCCAGUGGUUAAUUUUGAGAAUGUUCAAACCAUCUAA